CUUUGUGAGUCCUUUUAGUCUUUGUGACAUCUUUGAGUGUUUGUGAGUCCUUUGAGUCUUUGUGACAUCUUUGAGUCUUUGUGCCAGUCAGUCUCUCUUUCUGCCUUCACAUGGCAUCAAAAAUGUUGACUCAUACCGGAAGUAGACAACAGACCAAACGAGACACUUCAAAAUAAAAGUAUGCCCACAAACUGAAGAAAAAGGGCGUGUUGCAGACUCGUCAGGUGUUGGUGCUGGCAGACAUGGGACAGGUGUACUCGCAGGCAGCAUGUCAGUAUGCGUACCAGGGAGACAUGGAUGGUCUGAGUGGCGUCCUGAGCGCCCAGCCUGCCGUCAUCAACCUGCAGGAUGACAUCACGGGGGACACGCCCCUCAUCGCCGCCUGUCGCCAUAGCAACUUGAGCACCGUCCGCUUCCUGCUAGACAAGGGAGCUGACCCGGGCCUUCGCAAUAAGAAGCAUCGUACGUGUCUACACUAUGUUGCCAAACAGAACCUUUCUCUACUGGAUCAUCUCAUCAUCCUCAUCCUCAUGCCCGUAUUCCUCAUGGGCUACUUCCUCAUGCUACAGAAGCAGAGGCGUAACGAGGCUCUGAUGAAGGAAGUUCUGAGCACGAGCGUAGACGUCAACGCCUUGGACUAUAAAGGAAACACAGCUCUUCACUACGUGUGUGUGACAGGACGUCAGUCUUUGGUUGCUUCGUUGCUCCUCAGAGACGCUCAGCCUCAGGUCAAGAACCACGAAGGAGAGACGCCAUUGGACAUCGCCAUCAGGUUAAAGUUCACCAGACUGGUGCCAAUGCUGAGGAAGAUGCAGUGACGUGUGUGUGAGUGCGUGUACACGUGUGUGUGUGUGUGUGUGUGUGUGUGUGUGUGCACGCCUCAUGUACUCUUCCCCUUGUGUGUGUGUGUGUGUGUGUGUGUGUGUGUGUGUGUACACAGUAUCUUAUAAUAAAUAAACACUCAAAGUAUAUGUUCCUUAAAUAUUACUCAAAUGUUCCUUACAUGUUCCUCAGAUGUUCUUUAAAUGUUCCUCAGAUGUUCUUUAAAUGUUCCUCAGAUGUUCUUUAAAUGUUCCAGGACCUUCUAGUGCAGGCAGAGAGCUAAGAUAAAAGUAUUUAUUUCACUCCAAGAUGUUU